UGCACAGAAUAUGCUGCUUGAAACGAGCAUCAAGGGGAGACGCAGACCUAUUUCAAGUUAAUAUGUCCAAAACGUGGCAGCGACAGUAUAGGGAGGCUGGAACACAGGAGCUACGUGCUGUACCUGCAUCAGGAGGGCAAACUUACCCGGCGGCUGCUGCUGGGUUCUGCUGCACAGGCAGAGUUGCUGGAGGUGCAGUGGUGCAUCCCAGCUGAGCUGGUAGGAUAUGGAAAGAUUGCUGCUGCUGCUACUAGCACUGAGACCUGAACAUGCACUGAGCCAGUGACCUUAAUUUACAGAAACCCUAGAGACCACUACAUCCAUAUGUACUCAUCAUGCCUGGGUCUACUCUAUUUAUUUAGCACUUGGCACCUGUUUAUUUGCAUGUCGGAGUCUACUAUUAGUUUACUAUGAUACAAUUGCACAUUGGGAUCUUCCAAUCUUUGCUGCUUCUUUGGCUUUUGGGAUGGAGACCCGUGGAUGCUCUAGGGGAGUUACAAAAAUGGCAUCAUGGACAGGGUCAGAGGCGCAUUCAGUCAUCAGCUGGUUUGGGGUCCCCAGCUAUCCAACACUACUUCCAGCGCCACAAAAGGGACACUACCUCGGUCAAUCUCACCCGGAAAGUCUAUCAGCACAGAGCACUUCCAAAUGAAUCCGUCUGCCCAUACAAAUUAUUCAGCGAGGGCCAAGCAGACUACAAGAGCCUGUGCUUCAGGACCACGGACAGCGGUUUCAGCUGCGACCAAAGAAACUGUAAUGUGUUCAAGUCAGGGAGGUCUUUGUUGGCCAACGUACUAAGGAACAGCAGUGUUCUUUUGCAAUGGCAGCCGUCAGCUCUCUUUGUCCAUGACCUCAAGGGGUUCUUUAUUAACUGCUCUUGGAAUGGCACUUUUACCCGAUUCCAGUGUGACAGUGUCCAGCUGGGCAUAAACUGCAGAGACUACCUCCUAACCAAUGUCCAUGACAAUGUCAGGUACAGGAUCUGCCUGCAGACCCUCUUCACUAACCGGACGUCUGUGGAAGAAUGUGUGGACUUUAUUGUGGAACCGGUGGGCAUGCAGGAUAUUGUGAUUGCUAUGACUGCAGUAGGGGGAUCAAUCUGUGUGAUGCUGGUCAUCAUUUGCCUCCUGGUGGCCUACAUUACAGAAAACCUUAUGCAUCCCACCUUCAUGCACCCUUCUGCCAAGAGGGGACCUUAAUAUUUCAGUGCCUGCAGGGUCUAUGGAGAGUAUUGACCAUGUCCAUUAGCAAAUCAUUAAAACAUUAAUACUUUAAAAAAGGGGGCAUAUUCACUGUGAAAUUAAGAAAGUAUACAAUAAAUACUAUAGAAUCUGCCAAACAAUGUUACCUCCAGUGUACAUAAAAUGAUAUUAUUAAAUACUGCAAUUUAUCAUUCUUAGGCAACCUAUGGUUCUUCAACUGCUGUGAAACUACAAGUUCCAGGAUGACAUGCCUGACUUUGAGACUUACAGCCUUAACAACUGAUGCACCAGAGGUUGCCUACCCCUACAUUAAAUUGUGAAUCUGCUAUAUGUGUUUGGCCAAUUUGUACUUGUUUAGGCAAUGCAGUGGGUCUAAUUCAAAUAUAAUUACACCGCGACUCGCUGUUGUUGGCCCCCAAUUGUCAUACUCACUAUCAAAUUUUCUCUGACCUUAGCGUUAGAGUGUGACAAAUGUGUGUGUGCAUGGGGGGGGGGAUGGGGGUGCAAAAUUAAAUGGUACACACACUGGUUUAAAGGGUAUAUAUAAUACUUUAAAAUUACACUAUUCUUUGGUACAAACAUUUUUUAUUUUCUUGUUUUGCUUUCAAAAGGAAGAAGUUAACAUUGUCUGUUAACAUGAAAUGUUUGUUGGAAUUUAAUGCAAAUCAUUAAAUCAUUAUGUAAAAAAAAUCUUAGCUACAAUGUAAGAACUAGAGUAAGAUAGAAUUUAUCUAUAGUAAAUACAAUACCAGAUAGCUUUAGACAUGAACAUUAUUCGCUGCCAUUGUGCUUACGGUGUAAUAUGAUAACACAGGGUAGACAGCACAAUGUAUAUGAAUGCAGAAUAUUGUUAGAUUAUAUGUCAGUUUGCUGUAUAAUAGGAAACACAGCCGGAACUAUAUGAUACAUGUUGUAUGUACUAUUAUUAGCUUUAACAUACCUGAAUACUCUAUAAAAAUAUUGUGCUAUAUCUACAGACAUUGCUAUGAUAUGUAUGUUGAAAAGUCCUCCAUUUAAUGCUAUGAUCUAGUUACAAGUGUUUUUUGCUGUAAUAUUAUCUAUAUGUUAGUUAUGCUAACUGGUGUUUACACUUCAUUAGGUCACAGCACACCCUAUGGGUCACACUCAUCACUGGGAAUCAUGUACUCCUUCCUGGGAAUAAUAUAUUUUUUAACAAUGAGGGAUUAUUUCUCACUUUAUUUUUUUAUAGUCAGGAAACGUCACAGCUUUUUAUAAUUAUUCAGUAUACAUGACCAAAUGUAUCUGCUUAUCUUUAUUUAUAAACACCAGUGUGACCUAGAACACUGUUUUAUUGUCCUUAAUACACUGAAGUAUACACUAUACAGUAAACUUAAGCGUAACAGUGCCCCUCGUGGUUAGGUUAUCAUUAAAUAUGUUUUACUACUUCCAGUUCAUAGCUUUAACUUUAGAACAAACUAACAAACAUAGAUAAUAACAUUAGAACAAUUAAUCUUUCAGAUAUGGGAAUUCUGUAAAAACACAUUAUCUUGAAAAGAAAUAAAAAAAACAUUGGUGUUGUUCUAAACAUUUUAAGACAAGCACUGUGGGCGCUGAUGUCUAUAAAGUUGAAUGUAGAGCAUACAUUACUCAAUAGAAAAGUGCAUGGAAAAAUAGCGCUCCCUUCUGCGUUAUCCACACGUGCCUGGUCGACUAAGUCAUCAUAAUCAGUAUGUACUUGCAUCUGCCCUAUGCUAAAUACAAAAGAUACACCUACUAACAGGUGUAUACACUCUUACUGUAUAUGCUGAUCUGCAUGGGCUGUAUUUGAGUGAACAAACCUUACAAAACAUUGUCUAUGUCACUCCUCCCACUUUCCUCCUUCCCGCUCAUAUUUGUAGAUCCAUUCAGAAUGUGACUCUGUAGUUUACAUUCCCACAUCUGUAAGCGCACAUUUGCUGAUCAAGCACAGAUAAAAUGUUCCCAACAAAACUGGCGCACAUUCAACUCUACAUCAGCUGCUAUGUAUUUUGUCCUAUAGCACACACUUAUGGAUUUCAAAAUAAUUGCCAUACUAUUUAGCAUGGUUUAUCAUGUCAUGUUUCAGAAUAAUGUCCCUUUACUGUAUGCAGCUUUAAAAUAAUCAUUUAAUGUUGUCCAUUCUAGAAAUUAACUCAGAUAAUUGUUUCCUCAAUGUAGCACCCGCAGGUCAGAACAUUAUGCUGUUGGUAUUUCUCUUACUGACCUCAGUUCCGUUUCUGUACUGAAUAUUCUGGAUCUGUGAUCUUCAAGAUGUGUCUACUUAAAUGACAUAACUGACAUAUUAAGCUGUGUCAUUUCUGCCAUACCAUAUAUAAGGUUUUCAUUUAAUAACAUUUGAUUUAAAUACAAAAUGUAAAAACCACAACAAACCAUCACCCACUGCUUUCACUGUGUAACUUACACAAGAUAGGGCACUAGUAAAGGACAUAACAUUAACUAGGACACUACUAUGGGGCACAUCAUUAACCAUAUAACUACUAUGGGGCAUAACAUUAACUAAGGCACUACUAUGGGGCACAUCAUUAACCAUAGAACUAGUACGGGGCAUAACAUUAACUAGGGUAUUAGUAUAGGACAUAACAUUAACUAGUGCACUAGUAUAGGACAUAACAUUAACUAGGACACUACUCUGGGACAUUCAUUAACUAAGGCACUAAUAUGCGGCACAAAAUGAACAACUGCAGCAUAGAGAGGUAUCUCUUAGGUGCAUUGGGGCUGGGGCCCUUCAAAAUGUUGCUAUGGGGCCCAUAAUGUUCUGCACCUCUAGCAAAUGGUAGAAGGGACAAUGGUUUGA